AUGGGAUCAUCGGAAAAUUUCAACAAGAUCACUGCCGACAACUGUGUCCAAGCGAGUGCAAUUGCUGGAUUUAAAUCGGCAUGUGUUGCAUGUGUCGCCAGUGCAAUUCCUACGUUGGCUGCAGUUCGUACAAUUCCUUGGGCAAAAGCAAAUAUAAAUUACACUGGCCAGGCUCUGAUCAUAUCCUCAGCUUCCAUAGCAGCCUAUUUCAUCGCUGCGGAUAAAACGAUUCUUGAAGGAACCCGACAUAAUGCAGAGGGUCGCUACCGUAGGUGUACAUAA